GUUAAUACUGCAGUUUAAGGCGAUGGCUUCGGCUGGUUUGAACUGACUUGCAUAGUGAUGAUGCGUUGUUUUUAAAUGUUUAAAGACAACAACAUCACACCCAAUAAGGCCUGAAUUAGAGGAUAAAUUUCUGUCUUUGCGGCUGCCUUUUUAUGGAGGGCACACUCACACAUACAGCCACACUAAAACCCUGGAUUUCUCUGUAGGCACCUCGCACUUCUGCGAGAGAGGAAAAUAAAAUACAGUAAAUCGGUUUUCAAAGUGAGCCCAGAAGCUAGGCCUGAUAUAUGUAUCUAGUAAUUCUAGGUGUGAUUCAAACAUAGAAUCCCCUCUUCUGACGGCUGGCCGUGGCUUCUGCGUGCCUCGCUUCCGCCCAACCAUCUGGAUCAGGCCUGCUCAAUUUAGGCCCCCCGCUGUUUUUGGACUACAACUCUCAUAAACCCCAGCCACAGUGGCCAAUAGCCAGGGAUUAUGGGAGUUGUAGGCCAACAUCUGCAGGAGGACCAAAGUUGAGCAGCCCUGAUCUGGAUCCUAGUAGCUGUAGUACGUAGAUGGGCAAAAGCCCGUCGCCGCCGGGGCGGGGGGUCGUGAAGGCGGCUGGAGUGCCCGUGGUGCCUGCAUCCUGCCUUCCGGGAGAUUCGGGGCUGCUGCUGGCCUCACCGCCUGCGGGUUUCUUUUGGUGCCCCAGAAAGGCCCUGUGUGGACGGGCUUCCAAGGAGGACUUUUAAUCUCAGCAAUCUCCCUGGACAAGUUAGGCUGCCUUCAGAAAUGGAGAUGGAUCAGAAGCUGUCUCAGCUUGUGGAGGACCUUACAACUUCUGGAGAAAUGCAGCUAAACCCCAGGAAGAUGAAAGAACUAAAGAAGAUUUGCAAGUCUUCAGAUGAGCACAUUAAUCAUGUUUAUCAUCUGCUGAUGACACAGCUAAAUGAAGAUCAUGCUGAGAUACGUCUUUCAGCGUUUCAAAUUGUGGAUGAGCUCUUCACCCGAUCACAUAGUUUUAGAACUUUAAUUAUUUCAAACUUCCAAAAAUUACUGGAGCUCACAGUAGAAACAGACUAUGAGCAACCUCUUCCCCCACCACAUGAAGUGGCACAAAAACUGAAAAAAGCUGCCAUUAAAUCUAUACAAGAAUGGCAUGAAAAAUAUGUAGAUGCUUACAAGAAACUUUCACUAGGAUACCACUUCUUAAAACAGAAGGUGGAUUUUCAAGAUAUAAAUGCUAGAACUCUAGCUGAAAGGAGAAGAGAUGAAGAGAAACAAAAACGAUUAGAUAAUAUUUACAAGGAUAAAGCCAAAAAAGCUGAGAGAGAAAUGGAAGACAUGUCUCAAGAAAUCGAAGCAGUGCUGACUGAGAUGGAGAAUGGUUUUCAGCUUCUGAUGCCAGAUCCGUUUGACUUCAUGGUAAAUGAUACUGAAACUGUGGCUUGGAGGACAGCUGAAGUGGACAAGCCUGUUUCCUCUUCAUCUGUGCAGAUGACAGAUCGGCAAACACCUUUCCUUGAGCAAAUGGACAAUGAACAGCCUUGUUGCAGCAAGGACCCUCCUUCCAUCUUUCUAGCUCAAAAGGCUGAUGAAAGAGAUAGAGAGCAAACGGAGGAGCAAGUAGACAGAGAAGACUGCUCAGAUUCUGAAUUGACUUCUAUUGACACUGGUGGAGAUAAUGAUUAUACCAACUUUGUUCAAAGCCAUGGUCUUGGCUCUCAUAAAUAUGCUCUCAGUCUUGAAAUAUCUACAGAUAUGAAAGUAUAUGAGAAUGAAGACAAUACUGCCAUAAUAAGCAAUGUUACGGAUGCUUAUAAGCUUGUAAGAAACAAAUUUUUGCCAUCUGUACAAUCUUGGAUUCAGUUGUUCACAAGGGCUGGAAUAAGUGAUAAUCGCCUAAGACAAGCCAUUGAUCUGAAAAAGAAACUGGAGACUGCUAUGGAGAAACAUAAGGAAAUGAAUAUUGACUAUAAUGAGAAGAGGAAAGUGAUGAAAGCAUCAGAUGAUGAGGAUGACGAUUUUGUAGAAGUGCCUGAGUUGGAAGACCACGAGCACCACAUUCCAGAACACCUUUGUAAAUUAUAUGGUCUGGAGCGUGUAUCGCCUCCAAAACCACUUGGAGUAGGGAGAGCAGGAGAGACAGCAGUAGCAAACUCCCAGAUCCAAGCUAAAAGAAAUGAAGAAGAACUUGAUCCAACAUGUGCAGCUGCAACAUGGAGAAUUAUUCAAGACAAACUACCUAGAUCAAAAUCUCCAGAUACCAGGAAUUCUUCGGAUUCAGCAGCUUCUGGAGAACCCAGUAAUAAGCAUGAUGAAGAGAAAGCCAAGGCUCCUCUGGUACCUUUUGGGUUAGAUCUUUUCUACUGGGGACAAGAGCAACCAACAGCUGGCAAGAUUCUUAAGUUUUCUUCUCAGCAUCGCUUUUGGGCACCGAAUGAAAUGGAUGAAGAAGUGGAAAACAAAGAGCUUGCAGAGAUGCUGAAAAGCAGAUACAUAACAUUUGCUGGCAAGUUUGAACCAGUGAAUCACAAAUGCCAAGCACCGAUGCCUCAUGGUGGGCUGUGUGAAAGACAGGAUAGAUUUAAGUGCCCUUUUCAUGGAAGAAUAAUUCCUCGGGAUGAAUCUGGAAAUCCUGUUAAUCAAGAAGACAGAGACAGGGAAGCAAAGGAGCAGUUUAAGAAAAAGGAAGAGCAACCAGAGUGGCAAGAUCCAGAAUUCAUGAGAGAAGUUGAAGCAGCCACUGGAGUUGAUCUUGGCUCCUCUCGAUAUAGUGGAAAAGGAAAAGGAGCUAAAAACAAACAGAAGAAAAAGAAAUAUCCAAAUCUGACAGACCUGAAGCAGCAGACAAACACUUCUCGUUCCCGCAUUGAAAAGAAAGUUUUCAAUAAAACAGCAAUGAAACGUGUGGUGAAAGCAAUGAAUCGAGUGGACCAAAAGAAACAUGAGAAGUUUGCAAACCAAUUUAACUAUGCACUCAAUUGAAUUGCAAUAAUUGGCAAGAGGACACUUAAGAAUAAUCUAAUAUAAUGAACAUGGAUAUUAGAAAUAAAUUGUAUUCAUAAUUGUAUGUACAUGACAAAUUGAUAACUACUUUGUAUUAAACAGAAAUUUUAUUACUAGUAUAUGGAGUUUGACUCCAAAGAAAACACUCUAGGAUUUCUAGUUUCCUAAUGGACUGUACAAUUUAUGCUUUUAUUUUAUAAGCAAAGAUGGGCUAGAGAACUAUCAUUUCCUGUCAUUUGACCAAUGAUGCAUCAAUGAGGUAGUGUAUGCUAGAGAGAACUGCAACUCUCUCAGCAGUGUAAAUCUAAAUUGUUGAUUUGUCAGUUGGAGUUGGGGUGAAGCCAAAAUGGCCACCAUUUAACAGCUUGAUUCACGAGUUCCUGGGCUUCCCACCCCCCUCCCGGGCAUGCCUCCCAAGGGCUUGCCUCCCCCCAGGUGGAAGAAAAGAUCUCGACACAGCCCUGCCAGCAAAAUUCAAUCAAUCAAUCAAUCUUUAUUACAGUCAUAGACCAGCACAGGUUAUAAAACAGUAAUACUAUACAAUAAAAGCUAUAUAAAAGGGGGGAAAUGUUACAGUAUUACGGAGAAUAAGAUUGAUAUAGCAGAUAAGGCUGAGAAGGGAGGAAUCUAAAAAUUAUGAAAUGUUUAAAAUAUGCUAUAAAGCACAAACAGAGUAGCUAAAAUACAUAUAAGCUAAAAAGGACACAGUCAGAAACUUUGUUUCGGUCGGAGACCAGCGUGAAGUCAGAACAAAUAUAAAAGAGAAGAUAAUCAGCAUUCUGUGGGAUCAGUAGCACCCAAUAAAAUCCAAAAAGUCCUCCUCAGCACAAAAUCACUGGAAAUACUACUAAAAUAAUUUAAGAUAAAAGGGGCAGCAUAUUCCUGCUUAUAGGACUAUUACAACUCAAAGCACAGCUCAACUCCCAAAACUGGGAGGGUAUAUACAAUUCAGGAGCUCUAUAAAAUAUUAUCAUUAAAUUAGCUGCUUUUGAGCUGACGAUACCUGUCCCCACAUGCCCACCUGCAACUAGCCAAGAUGUGGCUACAAAUUGCUCUGACAUUAAGUCCAUCGUUUAUUUGCCCAUUUUUAAGCUCUUCCGAAAGCGAAGGGCUGCACUGCAAAAUUUGGCUACCCGUCUAGUGGUACAGGAAUUACUUCCUUCCAGCAGCCUGGCAGUCAUCUGAGGUAAAUCGAGACCUGGGCAUUUGACUGUCAAAGGGUGAAUGAGAUCCCGGCGCAGGUCUCUAUAGAGCAGACAUUCCAAUAGCACAUGGGUAACUGUUUCAACUUGACCCUCACCACAUGGGCAGAGCCUUUCCCCGUAGGGGAUCCCUCUAUAUCGUCCCUCUAAGAGGGCUGAAGGCAGGGCAUUGCAUCUUGCCAGGGUGAAAACUCUUCUAAGAGGGGGCACCUCCAAGACAGUGAGAUAGGGUGCUGGGGGCCAAACGAUACCUAACUGAUUCCUGGCACUGAAAGUCAGGUACCCUUGCCAUAUCUGUUUGUCUCUCAAUAUCCUCAAUUCUCUGUUUGAUGAGCUUCCUAGCUGUCUCCAAACUCUGCGUAAGCAGGGCAGACUGAUCAAGGCCCAAAGAAAUCAUCUUUUGUUUCAGUGAGCGCUUCCAGAUCGACUGAUAAGAGUCCGCUAAUACUAAGCGGCUCAGCCCUAUCUCAGAGGAAAGGACUCUCAGCCAAUAAAACAGCGCCAUUUGCCAACAUCUGGCCUCAACUCUGACAAGGCCUGCCUCCAAUCUGAGCCUCGCAUUGGAGGUACAUUUGGGGGUUUGAAAUAAUGCUCUCAGGAACUUAGACUUGCACCACUUCUAAGGGGGACAGAUCUGAGUAAGGACCCAGUUGGGCACCGUACAAUAACUGUGCCAAUGAUUUCACCUGAAAAAGUUUUAAGGCCGCGGGGAUAGAGCAAAAAUCUGGCUGACGACAGUGGAGGAUACACUGGAAAAAAGAAACAGACCAAGUUUGACUCCUUCCUCCCUUUAUCAGAGGCAACAGCGGGAGAUGCGUACCCUGUGUGUACCAACAAUAGAUUUAUGGCUUUGGGCAUGGAGGUCCUUCACCCCUCCUUAGACAAAGAGGCUUCUUCAUGCAAGCUGGCCACUAUACAAGGCGCUUCCAAGCUGCUCCAGAGGACUGCUCUUAGUAACUCCCCAGAUCGGAGAGAAAAUGGCCCGACACUUACCAGCCAUGCAUCUAGCCCCUUAUCCAAUUCAAUCACUCAACAACUGAGCGACAUCUGCAUUAGCAGAAAGUCUGAUAGCCAUAAUUGGCAGGAUAAAUUUCAUUACCGAAAAUCUGGACAGUCUGAGGCAGGCUUUUAACCAAUAUGCAGCCCAGAAACAUCAAGGGGUUAAAGACACUUCGGAGCAAGCCAUCACUAACCCCCGACCAGCCCCUCCCCUCACUUCUGUCUCCACUUCUUCACAUAAGAUGACACCAUGUUCCUUGGGAAAUAAUAGCCUGGCAAGCUAUCAGCGUGUGUUCCAAAACAAUAAAUGUGUCCUUGGAAUUCCUCACAGUGCUCGUCAUAGAUGGACAAACCACAAGAGGAUCACCUGCUCCCUGACCUACUUUUCAGUCUCUCAUCCAGAAAGCAUUAGCCUAACCUUGUAUCACUAUCUGCCUCCUUGCUCACAAUUCAGAAGGCUAAUCCUAACCUUCCAAAUUGCAGCUAUGGUGACAAAAUUGACAAGCCAGCCAGAUCACUUGUUCUUUCAUGCCUACAAACUUAUUUGUGUUUUUGCAGCAGACCCGGUAAUUAGAGACUUCAUCUCUGGUUAAGAGAUUUACACCCCUAUCAAUAAACCCAUCAACUCCAAGGACUAUAAAUCUCCUAGCUGUGGCAAAGACAAGCAAGCUAACACCAAGCCGAUUGGGGAAUCCCAACUGUAUAAAAUCAUGCAAGAGGAACUAAACCAGAUUCAGACUCUGACAUGAAUAUCCAACGCCCAGAAGCAGUCCCAAAUUACUCCAGUCACUCUUCUGCUACUCACACUCAGAGUAGAAGAAAACUGUCAAUACAUUUGGCAGAUCUGUGCUCAAGCUCUGAAAGUGAUAGUGAAACGGAUGAUACAGAGGGGCUUUCCAUCAAGCUCACCACCAACUGGAGUGACUGGCUUUCCAGAUCAUGUGCUUUAGUCCUGCAGACACCUGGCAUCACAGAUAAUGUGAAAUCCUCUCCACAUAUUGCAGUUCCUCCCCUGGAAGGUGCCCAGGAAAAAACCACCCUGGGUGGCAAUGCGCCCACACCCCCAGCUGCCUUCAAGAACUCUCACGCCUGCAACCCUCCCUAGCCAUGAUGUGAGCACGGGAUCUCUACCUUGCAAGAAGUGUGCCCUGGAAUGUUAUUUGCCAGUGACCCACACUUUGAUAAUGUCACCAUGCUGCUGACCUCAAGCAACCUAUAUGAGACAUCCACUCUAGGGGAGGGUCUCCAUGCCCUCCCUCACCACCUCCACAACUUGAGGAGUCAAGACACAUCUUGGAUACCCAUGAGAGUCUGUCCUGCCCCCAGCUCCAUUUCAGCCACAGCUUGAGCCACAACCAAAUGGAGGAUGAGGCUCCUUCAGGACAGUUGUCACUUCAGAAGCAACAACAUGUGCAUACACCCUUGGAAGCAGGCUGACAGGCAGAGAUAGGGGCCCCCACACCACCCCCACUGAUGCAGCCCUUCUCUGUAACUGCAGAGGACAUCAACACACAUAGGAACAUAGGAAGCUGCCAUAUACUGAGUCAGACCAUUGGUCUAUCUAGCUCAAUAUUGUCUUCACAGACUGGCAGCAGCUUCUCCAAGCUUGCAGGCAGGAAUCUCUCUCAGCCCUAUCUUGGAGAAGCCAGGGAGGGAACUUGAAACCUUCUGCUCUUCCCAGAGCGGCUCCAUCCCCUAAGGGGAAUAUCUUACAGUGCUCACACUUCUAGUCUCCCAUUCAUAUGCAACCAGGGUAGACCCUGCUUAGCUAAGGGGACAAGUCAUGCUUGCUACCACAAGGCAUGGAUCCAGGAACUCUCUGUUAGCAAUCACCCCUUGGACACCUCUACCAUGCCAACUCCUUCAGAAAGCUUGAUGGUGACACAGGGACCUCCAACCCAACCUGCCAAGAUUUCCUCCCAGGGAGGUCAGACGUUCAUAGCGGAGAGUGCCCAGGAACUUGAAAGUGUUCCACCUGCCACUGACAUCCAAAAGACCAGUGUAAAGUCAGACUCUUAACGUGGAAUGUGGCUGGCAAGAAUUUCUCUUAUCUCAGACCCCUCCUUCAAAGCAUAUCUCACCUGCCAUGACAUUAUUCUGAUUCAGGAAUCCUGGACCACUGGGGACUUAAUACUCCACAGUUUCAACUCAUAUACAGUUGGAGUUGUACCUGGGGCUGGCCGUGGCAGAUACAAAGGCGGCCUGGGUGUGCUUGUUGCUAUCUCGCUGUGUGCAUCCUCGAAACUGCUUCCAUCACUCAAACAAUAUGCUAUGGCAGUUCUGGUCCAUUUUCAGCUGAUGCAAACUGUUGAUAAUUAAUCUCUCUCUCUCUCCCCAACAUAGGAAGCUACAGGUCAGAGCAAUGUGGACUGAACUUGAAAACUACAUAGCAGGUCUCCUUUUCUCCAUUCCUGAUGCUUUUGUGGUGACCUAAAUGCCAGGCUGGGCCCUGACGACCAUACCUUAUACACACAACAGAGGGCCCAUCCACCCAGCCACGAGGCAGAUGGGCUUCCUCUCAGGUGUCUCUCAUAAUUUGACCAAAGGUCAAAUUAUGCGGGUCUUUGUUUAAUGACCACCAGACUUAACCUCUCCAUUCUGAAUGGCUUAUUAGAAAAUGACCACCCCGCCGAGUUUACCCAUCUUGCCAGCUCCAGAAUGAGCCUAAUUGAUUACUUUAUCACCUCAAGGAAUCUGCUACCUUUAGUAGAGAGAUUUGAGGUUUACCCCCAAAUUUGACAGCGAUCAUCUUCCCAUUUCGCUACUCCUGAAGCCUUUCAUUUCUCAGUCCCACAUAGAGAUCCACUACAAUUCCUCCCUAUCCUUGGUGGGAGGAGCAUACUGCUGUGCUAAAUGGUCACCACAACUGGAACAAGCACUAAGAGAGCUACUUGCCUCUGACCACCUGCAGUGCCUGCUAAAUAAUGACCCGACUUGUGCGCCUUUGGAGCUCUACAAUGCUCUAGUCCAGGAACUACAGCAGCUCCUCUCUCAUAAGAACUGUGAGCCUCACACACAGCGCCAACUGGUCUCCAAGCAAUGAUUUGAUAAGGACUGUGUUAAUGAAAAAAAAAACCCUUGCCAAGACCUAUCAAGUCUAUAAAUCUAGCUUUGGUCUGUGGGCCACACAGAAUCUUCUUCAGCAGAAAAGACAGUACAAACUUCUGCUGGCCCAUAAGAAAAAAGAGGCCAUGAACUGGCACCUGCUAAAUCUUCUUCACACGCUGCAUCUGGACACUUCACUCAAGUUGAGAUGUAGCCCGCAAGGCCACCUCACAAGAGCUGUACCAGCUCAGAAGGGCAUCAAACAAGGAUGCAUUCUGGCCCCACUCCUAUUCAGUUUCUACAUCAACUCUAUGGUGGGCCAACUCAGCAAUCCAGAUUUCCACCCUCCUAAGCUCAUGGGGAGACAUACUGCCAUCCUGUUAUAUGUGGAUGAUGCAGCCAUCCUCUCAAGGACCCCCAUUGGCCUUAGAAGAGCACUGAGGGCCCUAAUUUUGUACUGUAAGGACAGCCUGGAAAUUAACUAUCACAAAACUAAAAUCAUGGCCUUCACCAGGAGGCCCAAGAUCUACUCCUGGAGGAGAUUGAGCAAGUUGCACAUUUCAAAUACUUGGGAGUAGUUUUUCAUUCUGGUGGCUCUAGAAAAGCUCAUGGAGAACACAUGGCUCUAAAUGCCCAGGGAAACUCCUCUGCCAUUCUCCAAUUCCUGCGGACAAGAGGAGGCCAUUAUUUACCCAUGGCUCUUGAACUGUUCAUAGCCAAACCACUAGCUCAACUCCUCUAUAGUGCUGAACUGGACCCUUUUCUCAAUAUUGCGACUCUGGAACGUGUACAAUCUAAAUUCCUGAGAGCAGCACUCUGUGUUCCGAGAUGUGUCUCCAGUGCCACUUUGCGCCUGGAGACAGGCCUGAUCAAGAUUGAGGCUAGGGUGUGGGUGACCACUCUCUGCUAUUGGCUCAGACUAUCCUUUUGCCCAAUUGGUCUUGCCCCCCUAACCUUACAUAACGAUUACCAAUCUAGUUGGAUUCAGACAAUUGAGGCAAAAAUAGCUACAUUGGGCCUUUCCCCCCUGACCUUGCUAAACAUGGGUUACGAUCAGGCAAAAGCAACCAUCAAACAGUGCAUUAUAGACACUGAGCACCAAACUGAUCUCAGCAGUGUUCCAAAAUGUUAUAUCACUGAUGGGCUUGGAUACUCUACAUUCUCCAGCAGCAUACCUCAACUGGAGGUCCCUUAUCACAGAAGGGCGUUCACUUUAGCUUGCUGGCAUGGCCUCCCCUCAGCAGUGCUGGAAGGCUGCUGUAGAGGGACCCCAUUUGCAGAGCAACAGGGCAGAUCAAAACUACUGAGCAUGUCCUCCUCUACUGCUCAUUCUAUAGAGAGAUUCGUGCCUCUCUCAUCCUUCCAUGGCUAAGCAAGUAUCCAGGUCGUCCGAGCCAAUUCUACAGCUCCUUGCUACUCUCUAAGCCUGCCAUUACAUAUAGCGUUGCCAGGUACUUUGAGGCUGUGAUCAGCAGUCGUCAGCGGAUGACAGGCAGUGAGCCCCUCCAGCCUUAAUCUGAUUCUCUGUAGCUCUGGGCAGGCCCUGCAAUUGUUCACAUGCCUCUCCUUUCUACUGCUCGUUUUACCCUCAAUUUGGCAGUUUCCCAGUCUUAUUACUCAGGAUUUUACAUAUUUCUGCUACCUUUUAACCUUAUUACAGUGUUAUGCCUCCUCAUGCAUACUAUUGUUAGUCCUUUUAGUAUUAUUAGUCCUUAUUUAGUUCUUAAUUUUAAUUUUUAAUUUCUAUAUGUAAUCCUUUUUAAUCUAAUCUCACUUUUAACACGUAGUCACUCUUACAUUUUAACAUUGGCUUAGUAUUUUUAUAUGUAUUAUUUUAUAUGCAAGCAUUUCUUUAUCUAAUCCUACUCUUACCAUGUAAUCACCCCUAUACUUUAUGCUGGUCUGAGACGGUAAUAAAGAUUGAUUUGAUUUGUCA